AUGUCUCGCGCGCUCGCCUUUGCGGUCCUUCUCCUGUACGCCGCCGCCGCGGUGGCGCCGCUGGCCUGCGCCGAUGGCGUGGAGGAGUCCAUCCCCGGCGCCAAGGAGUCCGCGAGCGCCGGGUCCAGCGGCGCCAAGGUGUUCGACACGGACACGGCGGUCGGGGCCGAUCCCGACCCCUCCCCGGCCAGCGGCCUGCCGGCCGACCCGGCGCCCGACGCGCGCCCCUAA